AUGGCUUCCGACACUGAGUCGGAGGGUGAGCGGCAGGAGAGGCGAGAGGAGGUAGAGGAGGAGAAGCGAGAGGAGGAAGAGGAACACGGGACGAGUGCCAAGGAGAGUGAGCAAGAGGCUGCAGACGCUGAUGGAGCAGCGGACCCAACUCGGGAUAAUGACAAAGACAGCCAAGACGAUGUUGAGGAUGAAGAGCCAGCGUUCUUGAAGCAGGUCAAGAAGAGAAUUGAAAAUGCAGGGAAGGGAUCUGAAGAUGCGCCUGUAAACAAAGCUCGCUAUGGCAAACGGCGGGUUCAACUCAAUGACGACACAGGAUCAGAUUCCGAUGUUGAGGUUGAAAACCCAAAGACUUCUGACGCCCCUCUCAACUCUGAUGCUGUGACUGAUGAGAAGCCUCGCACCCCUAAACGCAAGGGACGGUUGGUUCAGCAAGCUGACUCCGACAACUCGGAGGACGAACAGCCCUCGAGGAAUCAGAAAGAAGGAAACGAGGAGUCCGAAGAGUACGGAAGAACUGGCUCGACUGAGGAACAGGGUGCAAGUAGCAUGCAUCAGGGCUCAGAUGACGAUGCAUCUGAGAAGAAUAUAUCUGAAAACAACGACAAGAAACGAAGCCUGGAAAUGCUUGCCAGAGCUGCCAAACAGCGAAAGGAGCAAAGCGAGUCUAGGAAGACCAAGCGAACGAAGAGUCUUGAAUCGCCAUCCUCGAAAGGCUCAUCGCCGCCUUCAAAACGUUCAUCGCCAGCUUCAAAGGGAGCAUCGCCGGCUCAAAAGUCAGCUGGGAAGCGAAAGAAAGAUGAAAAGCGCAAGAGUCGAAGCAAGAGCAAGUCAAAAUCAAAAAAGAAGAAAGCUUCAAAAGAGGAAAGCUUUGAAGACAGAGCUGUGCAACUACUGCAACAGCAGCUGAAGAAAAUCAUCUCCAAAGCUGUGAUAGAGAAGGACACCACCCUCACCAAGAGAACUUGUCGUGACAAACUAAUGGAGAUAUUCGGGGAUGAGAUGGUGGAAGAAUUCAAAGGAUACAUCAAUGAACAAGUGGCAUCGAUUGUAAUGCACUGCCAAAGUAUCUCUGCUGAAGAGGUUGAGGAAUUGCACAAUUCCUUAGAAUAUGUCUCUGCACAAGACAUCGAAGAAUUGAAGCAAGGUUCAAACGAGAGUGAGAGCGAACAACCUGCUUCAAGUUCUGGGAAUUACUUUGCGAACAACAAAGCAGCUUCAACGGAAUUGCAGGAUCUUAUCACCUUGAAUGGCGGAAAGGUGCAAACUGCAGUCACCAAGAAGGUUACACAUCUAGUAUUUUCACAAAAAAAAACUCGCGAAGAACUGGACUGGGAAAAGGAAUACCGUAUGCGCUUCAAUUACUCCAAAGAAGCUCGGAAAAGGCAAUUCAAUGUCAAAGAAACCAUCGUUCCCGAGGUUGAAGCGGGUGGUCUCAUGAAAGGGGAGAAAUGGCACUUAGUCACGCAAUGGGGCAAAGUGGAAACGGAGAAACCUGGAUGCGAUGUGGUUGAUUACAACGACAAAAAUGAUGCUAUUGCCGCGUUUGAAAAGAGAUUCUGGGAGCGUACAAGGAAUUCCUGGCAAUCUGGCUCUAUGUCAUUUCGUACGCACCCAGGAAAAUUCACCUUGGUUGACUUAUCCGAUGAUGAAGACGAGGAAGGAAACCAGUCUGACGUUGAAAAUGAUGAAACAUAUCGGUCAAAACUUGACCCCAACAUCCAAAACUUGUUGAACAGAAUAGUCAGCAAGGGUUCUCUUGAGGGGGAACUAACCAGCAUGAAACUUGAUUCUGAGAAAAUGCCGUUGCAACGUGUAAAACGACAUACCGUACAUGAAGCCUUAGCGGAGCUGUCUUUGAUUCAAGAUAUCAUCAAGAAAGGGAGCAAGCAGUCAGGAAAUGACAUACGGAAGCUUGCUAAGCAUUCAGAAAAGAUUCGAAGCAUCAUUCCUAUGAACGAAGCAGUGGAAUUGGAGACCUUUGAGACAGUUGAAGCAUUGAAGGACAAAGGAAAAAUGCUUGAGAACCUUGAAGACAUAUCUGCUGUGAUUUCCUUGAGAAAGAGAGUCAAGUUGUCACCUUCUUCCCAAGAAGACUUGAAAAAGCUCGAUGCCUUUUACGAGAUUCUUGAAACAAAUAUUCAAGAGUUGCCCACAAGCUCUGAGGACUUCUCACGUGUUCAGAAACUCUUCAAUUUGACAAGGGCGCCAACUGAAACGAUGAAUUUGAAUCUCGAGCGAGUCUUUCAAAUCAAGAGGGCAGGAGACGACUUUCGUUACAAGCCGUUUGAGAGGCUCAACAACCAGAGGCUGCUCUGGAGAGGAGGAACAGCAAGUUCCAUCACAAGGUCUCUAGCUCAAGGCAUUCAGGUUCCACUUCAAGAAACGCCCUCGGCCAACUAUCCCUUUGGCAAAGGGAUAUAUCUCUUCGACUGCGUGAAUGCAGCAGCUGAAAGAUGCUUUGUUUCCCGCGACUGCACGUCCGGAUUCCUUCUGCUCUGCGAGGCAGCUUUGGGAGAGCAGAAAGAAAUGAAAAAUGCGUGUGCCCUGAGAAGGGCACCACAUGGAUUCCAUUCAAUUUUUGCAAGAGGCAGGGUCUCUUCAAAUCCCUUCAAGACGAACGACUUCCCAGCUGUAAGGGGAUCCAACCGAACGCUGCAGGUGAGAAGCGUUGGGCUCGACGAGCUGUAG